AAUAUAGUCAGUUUUGGUUACAGAAUCUAAAAUUUUACAUGAGCCAACAUUACUAAAAGAGAAACGUUUUAUGAAAAUAUAAAGUUGAUAUCUCUAAAAUUAGUUACUACAGAAUAACUAAUUGAUCAAACUAAGUCAAAAUGUCAAGCUUUCUUCGCGGCAAAGCCCUAUCGCGAGUGCUGCAAAUUCUGCUCCUCGGGUGUUUGUUGAAAGUAACUUCUGUUGUGGCUGACCAUGAUCAUGAGAGAUGCAGUGAUGACUGGUACUGCCUAUGGGUGCAGGAAAAUCAAGACAGCUCAGUGGGGUCGAUGUGUUGUAAUGACAACUACUGCCACGACAAUUGCGCAGUGGAUGUCUUCGUAUUCGUCCUGUUCGUGUUCAUCCUUCCCUGCCUAUGCUGCGCUAUUUGCGCAGGCACCAUUGCUCUCAUCAUCUAUUGCGUCAAUAAAAACGGCCAACAGGCUGGAGUUGUUCACUAUCAAUCAGGGGGAAACGGGACAAUGUCAGUGUAUCCACAAUAUGGCACCGCCUACCCCCCGUACCCAUCCCAAGCGUACGCACAGCCCCCUGCCCUACCCGCAUACAGUCAGACUGUGACUAUGACUCCCCAGGAGCAACCGUCGACGGUGGAACCGGAACCAUCCGCAUCAAACGACACCAGGCCUCAGGCGCCGCCACCCAGUUUCAAACAACAACAGGCCUCCUAUGGAUUUGUAGGAAGUGAAUAGAGCUAGUUGGGAAGAAUAUCAAAAGUAACAACAAAAUCUAAAAGUAACUCGAAAACACUAUUGUUCUGAGAGCACCGAGAGAACUAACAUUCUGUAAAAUAGAUACAAAUUCAAAAGAUAGUGUGCAUGCGUGACUCAAUUGAUUUUUCAAGACUUUGUUGAAAAUUAAUGUUUUUAUCAUCCAUUUAAUCCCGGUUGUCAUUGGGUUUCACAUGCAUAUUCCAUAAACCAGUCAUACAAGAAACUUGAUAUAUACUGAAAGGCUUUAACUUGCUUUUUUACAUUGAUCUUGCUGUAAACUGAAUAUUACCUAAUUUAAAAAACUAAGAAGCCCAAUUUAUAGAUAUUAAACUUCCCAAAAG